UUUUUUUGCCGUGUAGUUAAACCACCAAGUCUGUCCGAGCUCGGGAAGCCAGCGGGGCAGCUCAAAGUGCACAGAGUAGUAACGUUUUGUUUCUGGAGGUAUUUUUUUUUUUGCCGCUGCUGGCGGAACGGGGUAGCUUAGCCGUUUGUUCUCACCGUGACAAAACAUCCGCCUCCAUGAAAUGUAAUUGACUGUGUUGUUAUCAUUGAUAGCGCAGACGCUGCUGGGAACACCUCCCAAAGAAGAGCUGAAGAAGUGGAAGCACAGGCCCAGCUGCUGCAACUCCUCUCUGGGACUGUUCAGCUCUUCUCUUGCCAUGGAAUAAUUUUUGUUGGAAAGUUUUUCUGCCACAACACGUCGACCAUCGCCCCCUUUUUUUUUUUUUAAACAUUUUUUUUUAUUGCAUCUUUGAAAGAAGGAGUGUCACACCUUUGCCAGAGUUGGACAGUCAUGAUGAUGAUGAUGAGCACUGAAGCCCAGAAGCAGAGGUUUAGCUCCUGACUGAAAACCAUGAAGCAGCCAGGGAAGUGACCUCAGGGGACACUACAGCCGGAGGGUGCCACACACUGGCACCAUGGCAUCCAAGGAGAGACUGUAUGAGGUCUGGAUGCUCUACUACACUAAGAGGGAUCCAGACUACUUGAAGCUGUGGCUGGAGAUUUUCAUCAGCUCCUAUGAGCGAUGCCUGGACGUGGACUUUGAAAAGCCGCCUUCAAGGACAGAGGAGGUUCCCCCGGUGUUGACCCUCCUCCCUGACAACAUCCUGCAGGUUUUGCGCCACCAGCUGCUGCAGUGCGUCCAGAAAGCCUCUGAUGGCCUGGAGCCCGAGCAGCAAAACCUGGCUCUGCUGCUACUCAAGUUCCUGAUCAUCAUCUGCAGGAACCUGUCCAACGUGGAGGAGAUUGGCACCUGCUCUUACAUCAAUCACAUCAUCAACAUGACAACACUCUAUAUUCAGCAGCUCAAGAGCAAGACCAAAGAGAAGGAGAUGGCAGACCAGAGCCAGGCGGAGGAGUUUGUCCGUCAUGCGCUGGCCUUCUGCGAAAGCCUCUAUGACCCUUACCACAACUGGAGGCAUCGAACCUGCGGGGAGCAGCUGGGAACAGUAGAGAGGAGCAGACAGAAGUACAAGGCGGCUCCACUCACUGUUGAGUUUGUUCCCUUCUUUUACCAGUGCUUCCAGGAGAGCGAGCACCUGAAGGAGAGUCUGAAAUGCUGCCUGCUGCACCUGUUUGGAGCCAUAGUAGCUGGCGAUCAGAGGAACGCUCUGCUCGCCAUCUCUCCAGCCACCAUGGAGGUGUUGAUGCGGGUGCUGGCUGACUGCUCCAUGGGUAACUGCUCUUCAGAUGAAGGCGAGGACUGGGACAGCGAGGCCCCCGACCGCAAGGCGCUGCUGACUCUGGGCUGCCUGCGAGAGGUGGUGCAGCGCCUCCUCGCGUCCAGCUCCGACCAGCGGCAGGUGGAGAUCGCCUCAGUGCUGGAAAACUACUUUAAGCUGCUCAACUCAGACCCGGCCGCUGUGGUCUCUGCCCGACAGCAGCAGCAGCAGCAAGCCAAGGGCCGAGUGCCGACACUGGGCCGACACUGGGAGAGCCGGUUUGUGGCGCUGCAAGUAAACAUGCUAGACACUAUCAGGGACAUGUUCCUGUGCUCGGACAGGCCGGUUCUACAAGCCAUCUUCCUCAACAGUAACUGUUUUGAGCAUCUGACACGACUGCUGCAGAACAGCAAGCUGGUUAACGCUAGGUGCACGGCGGCAGACAAGGACCAGAAAGAUAUAACCAACAACAGGUUACUGACAGGAGAGAGGGACACUCAGGUGUUUCAAGGGCGACUAGACUCCCUCGCUGUAGCAACUAUCAAAGCCCUGACAACAGUGAUGCAUAAAUCACCAGCUGCAAAGGAGGUUUUCAAGGAGAGGAUCGGUUACAAUCAUCUGUAUGAGGUGCUCAUCUCCCUUGGCCAACCAUCCCGACACCUCCUCAAAGAGCUGAUGAACAUGGCGGUGGAGGGUGAGCACACCUCAGUGGGGCUCCUGGGCAUCAGUAAUGUGGAGCCCUUGCUGCUGCUGGUCCAGUGGCUCCCGGAGCUGGACUCAUCGGAGCUGCAGCUUUUCACGGCCGAUUGGCUCCGCCGCCUCAGUUGCCUCAAUCGCCAGACCCGUGCAACCUGCGUCAACGCCACCAUGGUCAUGCGAGCACUGUCUGCCCUGGAACGCCACCAGCGGCUACAUCGAGCUUGCGCUGAGAGUCUACUGGGGCUGGUGGGAUCGCUGGGCUCCCAGUCCUUGAGUGCCAGAGAACUAUUGGGGCUGCUGCGCCUCCUCAGGCCUCCAGAGUCCAGCCAAGCACACCCCUAUGUAGGUCCCGCCUUGAGAGCCCUCCUGGCCAUGGUACGCAAGCAGGGCCUGGAGAGUGCCAUGCAGUACUUUGACCUGUCACCCAGCAUGGCAGGCAUCGUCGUUCCAACAGUGCAGCGCUGGCCGGGCUCCGCCUUCAGCUUCCUCGCCUGGUUGUCGCUGGACCAGGACCAGCUGGGCCCACCCAGCAAAGACAAGAGGAAACAGCUCUACAGUUUUUUUACCCCGGGAGGGACGGGGUUCGAGGCCUUCAUUAGCUCAGCGGGCGUGUUGGUGGUGGCUGUAUGCACGAAGAAGGAGUAUGUCACAGUCAUGCUGCCCGACUACUGCUUCUGUGACUCUCUCUGGCACAGCAUCAGUGUGGUGCACGUACCAGGAAAGAGGCCGUUUGGACAGAGUCUCGUCUACAUUUAUGUUGAUGGACAGCAGAAACUGUCUGCCCCGCUUAAGUAUCCGACCAUGACAGAGCCGUUCACGUCCUGCUGCAUCGGCUCUGCAGGCCACCGCACCACAACUCCCCCGCCCUCCCAGAUCCCAGACCCUCCCUUCUCCUCCGCCACCACACCCACCACUCGCUCCUCGCUGGGCGGCAUCCUGUCACCGCAGACCUGGGGGGGAUUGCUCGGGGGAAAGCCCGAGUCUGUGACUAAGCUCAUCUCUGCAGGGACUCAGGACAGCGAGUGGGGAAGCCCCACGUCCCUGCAGGGCCAGCUCGGGAGCGUCAUGGUGUUCCACGAGCCCCUGCAGCCCAAUCACAUAAAAGCCAUCUGUAGUGCUGGUCCAAACUGCAUCUCUCCAUUCAAAGCCCAGGAGUCAGAACUCGGCGACCUCUCAGCCAAACUGCUGCUGUACUACUCGCCCAAGGCUUGUAGGAACCCCAUCUGUCUAGACCUGUCUCCGAACAUGCUGCAUGGACGCCUGACUGGGAACAAAGUGGUCAACUGGGACAUCAAGGAUAUGAUCAACUGUGUGGGCGGCCUGCCGGUGCUGUUCCCUGUUCUGGAGCAGCUGACCCUGGUGACCCCCGAUCAACACGCCGGUGAUCCUGCAGCUGGGUCGGAUUUCAUCACCCCUGAUGUGACCACACCGGCUGAUGGAGACUGGGUCAUUCUCCCAUCCAACAGAGCGUCAGAGGCUCGUCUGGAGAAGAAUCUGGUGGCCACCUUCCUCUUGGUGCUGAAGCAUUUCCUGCAGAGGCAUCCCAUCAACCAGGAGACUCUGCUCCACUCGCAUGGCGUCGGUACACUGGGAGCUCUGCUUCAGAAGCUGCCGGCGGGUCACGUCGAUGUCAGCGUGCUCGUUGCUAUGCAGCUGCUGAUCGAGCAGGUGACAUAUGAGAAGAACCAGGCGCUGCUGCAGCAGCUUCACACGCAUCUACUGUUCAACUUCAACAUCUGGAACAAAGGAGACUUCCCUCUGCGCAUUGGUCAUAUCCAGUACAUGUCCACCGUCAUCAAAGACAACAGGAAACAGUUCAGGAAAAAAUAUGGAGUUCAGUUUCUGUUGGACACCGUACGCCUUUAUUAUGGGAAGAGCAGUAAUAAAGAGAGUGACCUGAGUGAGGAUGACAUCCGUACCAUCCGGGCUUCUCUUUCUGGCCUCAUCAAGUACUACAUCAGCAAGGGCAUGUCACAGGAAGAGAUGCACAGCCUUCUGGGAUAUGUCGCUGCCAUCGGAGACGAGGAACAGCUGUGUGGGCUGCUGGAGUUGUUGCUCAGCCUUCUUCAGAGCAGUCCGGCCAGGGACCAACUCUUCCUGCUCCUCUUCGAGCCCGGGGCGGCCGACUCCUGCUACGCUCUCCUGCUCAAUAACAAACACUCAGACCGACUCAGAGAGCUCGUCUUCAAGCUCUUCGAGCGCAUGUUGCGCUGCGACCGCGUCUAUGAGAAGAAUAAGCAGCGUCUGCGGCUGAGAGAGGCGGGUUACUCCAGCCUGUCGCUGCUCUUCUCUGAGCUGCACAUCACUCAAACUCUGAUCCGCUGCCUCCUCAACCAGGUCCUCCACACAGAUCAAGUGGUGAACUACAAGGACCUGAUGUCUCUGGUGCAGCUCACUCACCGGGCCGGACCCACUGUGCGCCUCAUCGUCUGCAAGAGGGUGUACCAGCUGCUACAGUCCCAACAGGAUGCUGCGUUCCAGAUCUCAAAGCAGCAGUGUUGGCAGGACACCCUCAUGCGGCUGUACCUGCGGGGGGAAGGGUCCUUGCCGCUGCGGAGCGCCGACACCGUCAGCACCUGCAGCCUGGACCUGAGCCGGCCCGGUGGCGGCAACGUUAACCGCCUGGAGCUGCCGCUGGAGAGGCGGGCACGGGCAGGCAGCGCUGGCCGCCUGGACCGGCUGGAGGACGACCGGCUCAGCAUCGGUGACACGCGUUCUGUGGACAGCCUGGAGAAUGGCGACGUCAUCUCGCUGCUGGACACGCCGUCCUCCUCUGCGUCCACCGAGCCACAACUCCACGUCAAGCCCUGGGUGGUGGGAAAAUCAGGCGGGCUGACGCUGGACCUGUCCCACCUGCAGGCCUACGAAGGCGCAGAGAGCGGCAGCCAAACACCCGGGAGCAUGCCCAGCACGCCGUCACCACUCGAGGCUUCAAAGCCUUUCCCAGGAAGCUCCGGAGAUCGAGAUGCAACUUCCUCCCUGACUGAAGACAGCUUCCUCUUCAGUGACAACAUCUCACUGGGGGAAUCCUUCAACAAUGCUGAGCGGGCGGAGGAGGAGCUGUGCGGCAUGCUGCUGGAGAUAGUGCUGUGUGUGAUGUGGCGAGGCGUCGAAGGUUCGGAUGAUUCGGCGUGGCUGGAGCGAGGCCAGGUCUUCUCAGCUCUCACCAAACUGGGAACCGCCAACGAGCUGCUGCUUCCUGUCGACCAAAUCAAACUGAGUCUAAUGGAGCGUAUGUUGGAAUGGGCGGUGAGCGAUAACCGCGAGGCGUCGGCCGCCACGUUGCCACAACACACGGAGAACGCAGUGCGGUUGCUUCACAUGGUACAAGACUUCCUGCAGGCGGAGGGUCUGGUCAAUCCAGCGCUGUGGACGGAGAAGGUGCUGGAGGAGACUGUGACGCUGAUGGACAGCCUCAUGGUGUGGUACUCUGCUGGCACCCAGUGGUUCCAGCUCUCCCAGGUCGGACUCAGACUGCUGCUGGGCUUCAUGGCGCAGGAGGAUCCUGAGGUGUGUGCCAUGGCCACUGCCAAGCUCAACGGCAUCCUGCAGACCAAGGAGGUGUCCAGCCAGGACGAGGCCUGCUACCUGCUCGGGAAGGUGGAGGGCAUCCUGCGACGCUCCAUGCAGGAGCAAACGGAGGAGACCUACUCUUUCCUGGUUCCUCUGCUGCGAACGCUGCUCUCCAAAGUCCACCGCCUCCUCUACAUGGAGCUGCACCUGCCCCAGCUCCCGGACACCAACGGCAGCCCGUCCUUCUUCGAGGACUUCCAGAUGUACUGCAAGUCACCUGAGUGGCGCGUCUACCUCGACAAAUACAUUAUUCCGUAUAUGAAGCAGUAUGAAAUCGAAACAUUCAGCCAAGGUCAUGAGACCAUGGCUCUGUACUGGAAGGAGUGCUAUGAGGCCUUCAUGGUCAACCUGCAUAAGAGAGAGAGGGAGAGGGGCGAGAGCAAGAUCCGCUUCCAGGAGCAGUUUGUGGAGCCCUUUUCACGCCGAGGCCGUCAGGAGAACCUACGCUACAACAGCAUGCUGAAGCAGCAGCACAGCCAGAACAGCGCCACCCUCAGGCAGUGGAAGGCAGCACGGCGGGGUCUGGUGUGUGAGAGAGGGCCGUGGGCUGACAGGCAGCAGGAUGAGAUGCACUGGAGGGUUUCCAGUGCUGAGAACUACUCCCGCAUGAGGUUGAAGUUGGUCCGUAAUUACAACUACGACCCUCACAGGGAGGCCAGCGCCCUGAGAGACAACCUAGGUGUCCAUCAGCAGCGUGUGAACCCGGAGUCUCUGCUGCUGGAGGCCGUGAAGCAGGUCAAAGUCAGCGACCUGGAAGAUGACAUCCUGGAGCUGCCGGAGGACGACCCCGCUGCUGCCAGCAACCAGGUUGAAGCAGAGGAGGCCGGCCAGAAGGAGAAGCUGGUGCUGUGGGAGGACUGUGAGCUGGUGACGGUGGUGGACGUGGUGCCCGGCCGCCUGGAGCUCACCACCCAGCACAUUUACUUCUACGACAGCAGCCAGGAGAAAGAGGAAGGAGUGGGCCACGACUUCAAGUGGCCCCUCUCUCAGAUCCGAGAGGUCCACCUGCGACGAUAUAACCUGCGUCGCUCUGCUCUGGAGAUCUUCCUCAUCGACCAGACAAACUACUUCCUCAACUUCAAGAAAGAGGCGAGGAACAAAGUCUACAGCCGCAUGUUGCUGCUGCGAUCGCUCAGCCUCUAUGGAACCCGCUCGCCACAGGAGCUGCUCAAAGCCUCUGGACUCACGCAGAAAUGGGUGAACCGGGAGAUCUCCAACUUUGAUUACUUGAUGCAGCUCAACACGAUUGCAGGCAGAACGUACAACAACCUGGCUCAGUACCCAGUGUUUCCCUGGAUUCUAGCGGACUACACUUCAGAGGAGCUGGACCUGUCUGAUCCUCGGGUGUUCAGGGACCUGUCAAAGCCUGUGGCCGUGCUUAAUGAACGCAACGCCAAGGCAGUUAGAGAGAAGUAUGAAAGCUUCGAGGACCCAACAGGCACCAUUGACAGGUUCCAUUAUGGCACCCACUACUCCAACGCUGCUGGGGUGAUGCACUACCUGAUCAGAGUGGAGCCCUUCACCUCCCUGCACAUCCAGCUGCAGAGCGGACGGUUCGACUGCGCUGACCGCCAGUUCCACUCCAUCCCAGCGACAUGGCAGACGCUCAUGGACAACCCCAACGACGUCAAGGAGCUCAUCCCAGAGUUCUUCUACUUCCCAGAAUUCCUAGAGAACCAGAAUGGCUUCGAUCUGGGUCGCCUGCAGAUCUCUAAAGAAAGGGUGAACGAUGUUGUUCUGCCCAAAUGGGCCAAGUCCCCGGAGGACUUCAUCUACAAGCACCGCAAAGCCCUGGAGUCAGAGUAUGUAUCAGCGCACCUUCAUGAGUGGAUCGAUCUGAUCUUUGGUUACAAGCAGAAAGGCCCAGCAGCGGUGGAGGCCCUGAACGUCUUCUACUACUGCACAUACGAGGGUGCAGUGGACUUGGAUGCCAUCACUGAUGAGAAGGAGCGGAAAGCCCUGGAGGGCAUGAUCAGCAACUUUGGACAGACGCCCUGCCAGUUACUCAAGGAGCCCCAUCCAGUGCGUCUGUCUCAGGAGGAAGUGGAGAAGAGGAAAGUUCAGCUGGACUCGUGUCCUCUCAGCAUGUUCGAACACCUCAGUGACCUCAAGUCCUUCUUCGUGGAGGGCAUCAGUGACAACGUGCCGCUGGUUAAAGCUGUGGUGCCAAAGAAUCAGUCCCAUUCCUUCAUCACCCAAGGGAGCCCUGACACUAUGGUGACAGUGAGUCAGAACUGCCUGGUUGGGACCCAUGGGUGGCUGCCUUACAACAAGAAUAUCUCCAACUACUUCACUUUCAUCAAGGAUCCCACAGUGUCCAACACCAAGACGCAUCGUUUUCUGUCGGGGCCCUUCGCCCCUGGUGUAGAGGUGACGGCGGGGCUGUUUGUGGUCUCCCACGACGGCAAGUUGCUCUUCAGCGGUGGCCACUGGGACAACAGCCUCCGGGUCACCUCCCUGGUGAAGGGCAAGACUGUGGGACAGCACAUCCGACACAUGGACAUUGUGACCUGUUUGUCAACAGACCACUGCGGCAUCCACCUGAUCUCCGGCUCCAGAGACACAACCUGCAUGGUGUGGCAGGUUCUGCAGCAGGGCGGAGCUCCUAUGGGUCUCCAUCCCAAACCAGUUCAGGUGUUGUAUGGACACACGGACGAGGUGGUCAGUGUCAGUAUCAGCACUGAGCUGGACAUGGCUGUGUCGGGAUCACGGGACGGGACAGUGAUCAUCCACACGGUGCGUCGGGGUCAGUACAUGCGUUGCUUACGACCGCCAUGUGACAGCUCCCUGCCGCUGUCCAUCCUCCACCUGGCUGUGUCCUGGGAGGGUCACCUGCUGGUCCACACCUGCGUCGAGGGCAAAGCAACACUCAAGGAUAAAAACGCCCUUCAUCUUUACUCCGUAAAUGGAAAGCACCUGGGCAGUGAGCCUCUGAAGGAGCAGGUGACCGAUAUGUGUGUUUCAGGGGAGUAUGUGGUCAUCGGCAGCGAGCAGGGAUACCUGUCCAUCCGUGACCUCUACAGUCUGUCUCUGUGUGCGGAGCCCAUGGCGAUGCGGGUGCCGGUGCGGUGCGUCUCCGUCACCAAGGAGCAGAGCCACGUCCUGGUCGGCCUGGAGGACGGCAAGCUGAUCAUCGUGGGCGUGGGCAAGCCGGCGGAGAUGCGUUCGGGCCAGAUCGCACGGAAGCUGUGGGGCUCCAGCAAGAGACGGACCCAGAUCUCUUCAGAGGAGACGGUCUACAACACCCAGCACGACCACAACUGACCCACCCAUGUCCCCUGAGCCCUAAACCCCACCCCCCACCCACCCCCCACGCACAUCCUACAUUCCUGUCACCCACUUCGCCUCCAUACUUGUCAAACGCCACACACGUCGCCUCAUUCGGUCCCUUCAGUUCCUCCUGCAGUUUAAUGGGCUGGUGUGCAGCUGUGUUGCGGCGCUAGAGCAUCAGAUAUCAGAAAGUCUGCACGUUCAUGCGUCAUGAUCGUGCUUUGUGCGUGUGUGUGUGUGUGUUCUCCUGCUUUGGAUUGACCGUAUGGCGCUGGCGCUGUGGUUCAAAUCCAGAAGUAGCGCCAGCCAGCCUCAGCGCCACCACGCCGCUCUCUCUUCAUCCUGUAAACAACAUUCACACCAUCCUCCACCAUACUGUUUCUCCAGCAGAGGCACUGUGUGUUCUCCGACCUGCUCAGCUGAAAUGCGUCAGGAUCGGUCAGCUAACUGCUCUCUUGUAUGUCUGUGUAUAUAUAUGUGUGUGUGUGUGUGUGUGUUACCAUGCUCCGUCUCAAAAUAUAGUUUCAAGUGGCCUUUUCACCCCCCCCCCCCCCAGUUUGCCUUCGACGCAGACAGGCGGGCCUGUGCUCUGUAGGCCGAGACUUUUCAUGGUUGCCUCAAAGCUGCCACACAGCAGCCUUAUGCAGUAAGACGGCUCCAUCACUCAUAAGACCAAACUCUCUGCCUUUUCCAUUGGAUUUUAUACAUGUAUGUGCGUUUGUGUGAUUUUGUAUUUUUUUUUUAUUUGUUUUUGUAUUGUGGAUUUCUUUUUUUUGUUGUUUUCACUUUUGGUUCUUUUUUUUUUUUUUUUUUUUUGACAAAUUUCUGCAUGUGCCCAGAAAACUUGGCAUCUCUUCGUAUGCAUGGUAUUUUUUUGUCCAUUUUGAGAUUAGGUAGCGAUUGAGAAGGAAGGAGUCUUUUUAUUUUUAUUUUUUAAGUUAGGAUAAUAGCUGACUUGUUCUGUUUGAAACGUAAAAAAAAAAAAAAAAAAAGCGGAAGAUAGCAUCUGUCUUUAAUGUUAGGAUAUCGCUUAAGAUAUAGUUUUGUAUGAAAAAAAAAAGAAAAAAUCACUACACUACAGGUGAAACACUACAUCAAGACAACAAGCUUCCACGUGACGGUUUAUCACAGCAGCACAGAGAAAACAACUUCAACUCCUUAUCUCAAUGCUUCAUUGAAUGUUUUUUUAAGUUACUUGAAUCUGUGUUUUGUUUAUUUAUAAGUAAAAGUAGCAGUUUUCUGUCUCCUGAACGCAGACACACGCUCAACUCUUCUGACUGUUCAGACACCUGUGAAAGAAGGAGAAAGAAGAAAUCCUCAAGGGCUUUACGAGAUGUCAGUGUUAGCAGCAAUACAGCUCCUUCAUCGGGUGCCUGUCGACGCUUUCUUCCCGCAUAGGUUGCUCAACCAGCCCUCUGCUGUACCUCCAGUCUUCCUGUAGCUUAACUGGGAGAGUAAAUGUACCCCGACCCCCUUCCCACCCCCCUUUCCCCCACAGCUGCCUUUAGCUCUCACCCUUACCUCUAACUAUCAUCCUUUCUUAUUUUCGCAUCUCAUUCUCCUCCCUGCUCAUUGUGACGCGACUGAUUUCAGAGGAGUUUUUCCUUUUUUCGAGGGGCAUCAAGAAGGUUUGCACGCCUUGUUUAUGUCGCUUUGGAGAUGUGUUGUUCGUGUGUGUGUGUGUGU